GGACACGAUGACGUAGACAGGUUGAAAAUUCGCCCUUGCCCUUAUUUUGCUUCAUGCACAGUACACGCAAUGUACUAAAGAUUUCAGACAGGAAGUAGAAUGAGGUAAAAUCACAUGUGCUUGGGAUUCACAGAUUUCGCCAAACCUUUGAUCAUAUGAGACAACUGUUGUGAUAUCAGACUUAUCGUUCACAAGGUACAGGAUCUGUCAUUAGCGACUGGCCAGACAAAGGGAUAAGCAACUGUUGAUGUCGCCAUGACAUGCGGGCGUCACGAAUGGCUAAGAUGGAUGCUGUCUGCAUCUCAGUGAUUCUGGUUGCAAAUCUCGGACUGCACGUGCAAGGAGUGGAAUGUCCUUCCACUUGUCCUCCAGAAAACUGCGAUAACGUCACCGGAAACUGUGUAGUGGAGUGGAUUGCCUCCGGAGACUUGAAGCUGGUCACAGAUAAAACAGAAUGCCCGGAUGGGUUUUACGGAGACGAGUGUGGAAAGACAUGUCCUACCAACUGUCAUAAUAGCACGUGUCAGAUGGACACAGGUCAGUGCACACAUGGCUGCCUGAUUGGCUAUAAUGGAGAGGACUGCAAUACAGAAUGUUCUAAAGGCUUCUAUGGGCCCAACUGCCUACUCCCCUGCUCCACCAAUUGCCGUCAGGAAAAAUGCAACCCACAGACUGGGGUCUGUCUGGAAGGAUGCAUGGAUGGAUUCUGGGGCAGCGACUGCAGUCUGGGCGUUGAGCUGACUCGCAGUUCACAAGAAGAAAGACGUAACUUCUACAAACACCUGUCAGCCGAGAGCAAGAGUGUACUGUUGUACAUGCUAGCUUCACAGUACGAGCAUCAGCUGUCACGUGCCCAGUUCGAAAUUGAGCGUGCCGUGCAGCGCCGCAACGAGAUCCAGCACGUCCUGUCCGACCUCGAUGCGUCAAAGAAGUAGACCAAGGUGAGGUCACGUGCCCCUUCCCCUCUCCAUGCCAUGCCCUGCCCUGAGGCUGAAUUCACAAAAGGAUCGACAUUUCAUCUCAGAUAUCGAAAAAUGCCGACAGAGCAUGUUUAUAGUGGGGGCAACAAGUAACUAACGAUAGUCUUUACUCGAAAUUUCUGAGACUUCAGGUAUCAAUCUCCUCGUGCUACGCUCAUUUCCCAUCACUGUUUGUUAUAUAUUGUAUAUUAAAGGUGAUGAAAUUGUUAUUAUGAAGUUAUUAACAAUGGGAGAUGCAUUACUCUUAGUUGCGAAUCAGUAGGAGAUUGUUAUGUUAUGGAAAGGAGAUUUAUUAUUAUUAAGCAAAGACAAACAUCUCUUUAUUCUUUCUCGGCAUUUCGACUUCAAACUAUCCGGCAGGGAUUUAUGGACGUCCAUUCUGACUAUUUUUAACAGGAACGAAAUUUUGUAUAUGAAGUCUACAAAUUCUGGGUAUAAGAGGAAAAGGGAUGGCACAAUAUAUCCAUGUCAUUAUUUAUAAUACGCGUGCUGUAAUUGGCCGCUUCUUUCCUUCAUGCAUUGAAUUAAAGGAGUUUUAUCACAGUUUGUUUUACUAAAUCAUUCUUUUGUCUCUGUUAAUCUAUCUAAACACACUGAUUAAAGUAUUUCACUAAAAAAAAUUAUUCGCAAUGAUCUGUUGGGGGAAAAAAAAAAAAGGUAAGAGCAAUUACUUCCCUUUACAACAAUCCGUUGAAAGAAAUUACUUCCCUUGAUAACUACCUACCCCUGCCGAUCUUAGCCAUUUUUGAGGACAAGGAUCCGUGCUGCCGUGACAUCGACACCUAGUCAAACUUGUGUUUGUGUGUGCGUAUGUGCAUAUGUGUACAUGCGUGCGUGUCUGGGUGCAUCUUGAUCCAUGUAGACACCAGACAAAAACUGUCGUUUAUUUGUUAACUGUAUGCUGGCAAUCAUUUUAUUUUCAUUAUCUGGAUAUCAUAGAUAUCUAUGGAUAUGGUCAGUGUUAUAAGCUUUUGUGGAAUUCAUUACCAUGCUGUGCGCUGGCUAAAUUCAUUAUUGAAUGCUAAUACUUGCUUUUUUUUCAUUUUUUAAAAAAGUCUAUCUUGACUUUGAUAAAUACCUUCCAUAUCGUCAGACGUGCAUAGUUAAUAGAUGUGGGAUGCAGUUCGUCAAGACACUUAUCAUGGAAAGGUGUGUUAAAUGUUUUCAGAGGGCUGCCGGAGCUGGGACGAGGGGGAGGUGAAGAUGAGUUAAUGGGAUUCAACUGGGAUUAUUUGAAACAAUAUUACAGUUCAUGUCUUGAAAAAUAAAGGACUUGUGAACCAA